GAAGACUAAACAAAUCGCGUGUUCGUUUGAUUGAUUGAUUCAGAGAGCAAGAAGGCGUGAUAAGCUGGAGAAUCAUUCUUGGCCGAUGGAUGGACGAAACAUACGAAUUGAAAAGGCACGACUUUCCUUACCUAACACACUCACUAUUUUAUCCGGCAAACAUUACAUUACUUCCCCAUUACACCGCACUAUCGUUCUAUAUUCACAUCUGUCAUUUAACCUUUCCCCACUCGUCUAAUAUAUAUUAGCUGGUUUGUGUCUAAAUCAAAUGUAUCUGCAUCACCGAAGCAAAACGAGCAAUCGAGCCGAGCCAUGUUCAGAGCUUUCAGCACCAGAAGAGGCCGCGGCAGAUACGAGAAGUUAGGCAAUGAGCAAUUGCCUGCCAUACCUCCUUUGGAAGCUGGGAAACUGAAAAGGACUGCGAGUUUGCCUGCUGGAGUGUUGGGUUCGCCCGUGAACCCGACACAGGAGGUGACCGUUCCGGCCGUUCCCCAGGGGAAGCCUCCGAAGAAAGUCAACAAGAGCCACCCCCUGUUCAGUCUCUUCGAUAGUCGCCGGAAGAAGAAGAUCACGGCGAGGCCCGAGCUAGCCAGGUAUCUCGAAUAUGUGAAGGAGGGCGGGCUGUGGGGUGCAGACUCGAAUAAGCCUGUGAUAUACUACAGCUGAAAGGGGUUAUGUUUACCCCCUUUUUCUUUUAUGUGCUGCACAUUGAUUGUCAAUAGAGGUUUGGUAGAUUUGAGUA